CGCUCCUCCACCACCACGCACAAGCACAAGCACAAGCACAAGCACAAGCACAAGCACAAGUCUCGCAUCCGAGCAAUGCAGCCCCUCAACGUCACUGUCGCCCAGCCGCGGCCGCUGCGCACGCUGCGCACGCUGCGCCUCAGCGACGCAGCCCGCGCCUCCUCCGCUUCCUUGGCGGGCGACACGCUCUCUCCCUCGCAACUGCCAUGCGCAGCCGAUGGCGCAUAUGUCCUCAUGCGUCGUCCAGCCGACGCAAGCGCAGACACAGGCGAUGCAGCAUCCUCCUCAUCGACGCCGUCUGAGGCUGAUGCUCUCCUGGCUCGCAUGGGCAGCAGCACCACGCUCCUCUUCGACGGCUGUGCCUCCACUUCUUCUCCUCGACGAAGCGUUCGUCUUCAAGGCCUGCCUUUUGCCAAGCUCUCGCUUUAUGAGAGUGGCUCGCUAGCCAUCGAGCUCCGCACUCGUCUGCUCACCUCCAGCAUCGAGCUGUUCCGCUGCCACGACGUCUCUCUGUUGAUCGACGCCGCCUCCUCUUCCGAAGCUGCCGCCCCUCGCUCCGUCGUCGCCACGGAUGCGCACGUCGACGCAGCGGGCUUUCGCUGUGCUUCCCUCUCCUUCCUCUCGCAAGAAGAGCUGCCCGAGCCGAGUCCCAGGUGGACGCUGGGAACACUGCAGCUCGAUGCACCGCUACGGCACGUAUGCGUCUCGUAUGCAUCGCGCGAUAGCGUCGGCAGCGUCAUUCUCGCGCCCCUUGCUGCUGCGCGCCGCGAGGAGGCAGACGCAGACGUUCUGCACGCAGAGGCAGACGCAGCCGCAGCCGACGGAUCGGCAUCGCUCAUCGGCUUUGACGACGUGACUGUGCGCUAUGCUGCGCCGGGAGGAGGAGGAGGAGGAGAGUGGGUCUCCUUCCAUCUCUCCUCGUCCGUCGCUGCGACCUCGUCCGACUCGCCAGACGCGGCAGCGGCAAGACCACCAGCCGGCGCCCAACGCUUGCUCUCGCUCACGUCGGCGGGACAAUGGCAGCUCGCCCCUCUGCGUCGAGCAGAGGGAGCGGCCGGGUAUACUUCCCUUGGCGCCAACGAGCCGGUGGCGCGACAAGGAAGAGGGCGAAGAGGGAGCGUCGACAGCGGCAUUGGGCUUUGAGCGGGCCUGUGCUUCAUUCGCGCGGCUUGCUGGUCACUCUGAACGAAUGUGAUGAGCUGGUCAAGCAUCUGAUCUCGCACGGAGAAGAGGUAUGACAAGACAGGUUGCGAGGCGGCGAAGCCAGCCUGGCGGUGUAGGUUCCAAUACCAUGAGACAGCGGAGCGAGAGAGAGUGAGGCAGCGAGCACAAA